CGAUAUGGUACAUUUGGCAGCACUUGUGUCUUUGGGCUGCACACUAUGGAGCCUAGUCAGUGCAAGUACAGAAGAUCGUCGUAUUAUUGCUUUAGGUGAUCUUCAUGGAGAUUUGCCUAAUACACUCGAGAUUCUCAAGUUUUCCAAGUUGAUUGAUGAAGAUCAUCAUUGGAUUGGUGGAGAUGCUAUCUUUGUUCAAACGGGUGAUGUGGUUGAUAGAGGAACAGAUACGAUUAAACUUUAUGAACUUAUCCAAAACUUACGUGAUGAAGCACCUCUUCAAGGUGGUCUUGUCAUUCCUUUACUCGGCAAUCACGAAAUCAUGAACUUGAUUGGUGAUUGGCGCUAUGUCUAUCCAGGCGAACCAGAGACAUUUGGUGGUAUUGAGGCACGCAAAAAAGCAUUUGAAGCAGAUGGUUUUAUUGGUGAAUAUCUGACUUUGUUAAACAUGACCACCAAAGUAGGUUCAACUGUGUUUUGUCAUGGUGGUAUUACACCUUAUUUUGGCAAGUUGGGUAUUGAAUGGAUCAAUGAUCAAACACAUCAAACAAUUGUACCUUUUAUGAAGUCCUUUGGACAUCAUGGAGACCCUUAUGGUAUUUAUGGUGUAGAGGGGCCUACAUGGUAUCGUGGAUAUGCUCUAGAUGAUGAAGAUACUGUGUGUGACUUGCUUGAUCAAGCAUUGGAUCUUAUGGAGGCGAAUCGUAUGGUUGUGGGGCAUACAGUACAACAUGAUGGUGCUAUUCAUACACGCUGUGGGGGUAAAGUGGUCUUGAUUGAUAUUGGUAUUUCAAGUGCUUAUGGUGGACAGAAAGGGGCAUUGGAAAUCCGUGGUAACGAAGCAGUAGCACUCUAUGCUGAUUACAAUGAAACACUGCCUACACCUCCACCUUACCAAAAGAAAUUUGUAGUUGCUCAUGAAGAGCUAUAAUAGAAAUAUAUAUGUAUAUGUAUAUGUAUAAAGAGUUUAUUAUUAAAGUGAUUAUCAUACGAAUC